AUGGCCAGUGGUAGCAAAGAGGAUGUGCAGGUCAUCCAGGAUGGCGCGAGCACACCUGAGCUACACGACCUGGAAAAAGCUCCCGCUAAUGUGCAGAUGCGCCCUAUGACCGAUGUCGAGAUCCUGCAGCGGUCAUGGUCUAAAAAGGCCAUGAUAAUCGCCUUUGCCGGUCUUUUCGCAACCUCGUUCGUCUGUUCGUUCGUCAAGUACUCUACCAAAGUCUACGAUGCCUACGCCACGAGCGCCUUCUCCAAGCAUUCCGCCCUCACGACCGCCAACAUCGUGUACACCAUCACCUCUUUGGUGACGUACCCCAUCAUGGCCAAGCUUUCCAACGUGUUUGGCCGGCCGCAGGGUUUCUUCUUCGCCAUCUUCUUCAUGACCCUUUCCAUGGUCUUGUACGCUGCCUGCCAAGACAUUGGAACGUAUAUUGCCGGAGGUAUCUUCGAAUCUAUCGGCGAUACCGGCUUCACCAUCAUGCAGCAAAUCUUCAUCGCGGACACAACCAGCCUCAUCAACCGUGGCUUCUGGGCCUCCCUACCAGAGUCCCUGGCGCUGGGGUUACGGCAUGUGGGCCAUUAUCCUCCCCUUCGCCGCCGCGCCCUCAUCGUCACCAUGUACGUCCUGCAGCGGCGUGCCACGAAGAACGGCUUCAUCCGCAAGAGCAUCUGGACCGGCGAGACGGCCGCGCUGCCGCUUCACAAGCGCAUCAUCAGGCUCGUCUGGAUCGAUCUCGAUAUCGUGGGUGCCGUGCUCAUGGUCAUCGGGCUCGGCCUCGCCCUGAUCCCGCUGUCCCUGACCGGCUCCAAGAACAGCCAACGGUGGAAGGAGGGUUCCACGAUCGCCAUGCUUGUCGUUGGCAUUGUUGUGCUCUGCGUUUUCCUGGUAUGGGAUACUAGAUUCGCCAAGACUCCGUUUGUACCGUUCCGCAUGAUUCGCGAGAAGACCGUUAUCGCCGCCUGCCUGCUUUCGCUUCUCGACUUUUUCCACUACUCCACCUUUACUCUCUUCUUCCCCAGCUAUCUUCAAGUCGUCGGAGGGUAUUCGCCCGGUCACGCCAGUCGCAUAGACAACGCCCUGCGCGUAUCCUUCCAGAUUGCUUCGGUCCUCGUGGGCCUGUUGAUGAAGUUCACGAAAAGGUCCCACAUGUUCGUCUUGAUUGGCGUUCCCCUCGUGGUUCUCGGCCAGGGUCUUCAAAUUUACUUCGUCAACAAGAACGGUGACGGUCCCGCCAGCGAGGUGUGCUUCAUCACCGCCAAGACCCUCGUCGGUGUCGGUCGCGCUUUUUACCAAACUGCCGCGCAGGUGUCCAUCCAGGCCAUCGUCGAUCGUGAGGACGUACCCGUCGUCACUGGCGUGUACUACGCUGCUAUGAGCGUCGGAGGUGCCAUUGGAACCAGUGUCGGAGGUGCCAUUUGGAACAGCCUUCUACCAUCUAAACUCUCGCAAUACCUCCCCGACUCCACUAAGAGCAUGGCGCAGGCCAUUUACAAGUCCAUCGCCUACCGCGAGACCCAGCAGAAGCUCGCCAUCGCCGCCACCGCCGGCCUAGCCCCGAUGAUUUUCAUCAUGUUUGCCAUGAAGAACGUCGACCUCGCCAAGGCGCAGGAGGAAAAGGACCUUGCGGAGGGCUCGGUGCAUGAACACCAGGAUGAGGCCGCAAAGAAGUCGUGCGAAGACUCCAAGCCGUAG